AUGGUCCCGGCCCGCAGCCCCUCGGACACAUUGCUCUGGGCCUUGAGUGACCUCGAGGAGAAUGAUUUCGAGAUAUUCAAGUUCUGUUUACGGGAUAGAGCCCUGCUUGAGGGCCAGUGCCAGCUGGCCCGAGGUGAGCUGGAGGGCCUGAGUCGGGUGGAGCUGGCUUCUUGGCUGAUUUUAAUAUACGGAGCACAGGAGGCUGUGAAAGUGCUGCUUGAGGUCUCGAGGGUCAUGAAGAUGUUGGAACUCGUGGACCAUCUCAGCCAUAUUUGUCUGAAUGAUUACAGACAAAUAUACCGAGAGCAUGUGCGCUGCCUAGAGGAGAGCCAAGAAGGGGGAGUCAACAGCAGCUACAACCAGCUGCUGCUGGUGGCCAAGUCCAGCUCAGGGAGCCCAGAAUCACCUGCCUGCCCCAUCCUGGAGCAGGAGCUGGUCCCUAUCGUGGUGGAGGCUCUAUUUGAUAUGGGAUCAAAGCCUUACCAAGUCCCGCCCAUCGUGGUGCUACAGGGGCCUGCAGGUACUGGAAAGACAACACUGUCCAGAAAAAUGGUGCUAGACUGGGCCACUGGCACCCUGUACCCGGGCUGGUUUGAUUGUGUCUUUUAUGUGAGCUGCAAAGAAGUGGUCCUGCUCCCAGAGGGAAAACUGGACCAGCUAUACUUUUGGUGUUGUGGGGACAAUCAAGCACCUGUCAUAGAGAUUCUGAGGCAGCCAGAGCGGCUCCUGUUCAUCCUGGAUGGCUAUGAUGAGCUGCAGAGACCCUUUGCAAAGAAGUUGAAGAAGUCGAGAUCAAGUCCCAUGGAGGACAUGCUGCACUUCCUAGUUAGGAGAAAGGUACUUUCCACGUCCUCCCUCGUCACUACUCGGCCUCUAGCUUUACGGAAUCUGGAAUGCUUGCUGGAACAACUGCGCCAUGUCCGCAUCCUAGGCUUCUCUGAGGAUGAGAGAAGGAGGUAUUUCAGCUCCUAUUUCACAGAUGAGGAGCAAGCCAGAAACGCUUUUGACGUUGUGCAAGGAAAUGACGUUCUCUGCAAAGCAUGUCAGGUUCCAGGCAUUUGCUGGGUGGUCUGCUCCUGGCUGAAGGGGCAGAUGGAGAGAAGCAGAGUGGUCUCAGAGACACUCAGUGAUGACACUGACAUCUUCAUGGCCUACAUCUCCACCUUCCUGCCACCCAAUGAUAAUGGGGGCUGCUCUAAGCUUACUCAAGACAGGGUCCUGAGGGGCCUGUGCUCCUUGGCAGCUUGGCAGCACCAGAGAUUCUUGUUUGAAGAAGCUGACCUCAGGAAGCACAAUUUAGAUGGGCCCAGCCUUUCUGCUUUCCUGAGCAGCAAUGAUUACCAAGAAGGACUUGACAUCAAGAAGUUCUACAGCUUCUGCCACAUUAGCUUCCAGGAAUUUUUUCAUGCAUAUCUGGUGAAAGAGGACCCAAGUCAGCUGGGAGACGAGUCCCAGAGGAAAGUGAAGAGGCUGCUGGAUGAAAAGAAAGAGGAGACGACCCUCAGUAUGCAGUUUUUAUUGGACAUAUCGAAAAAAGAGAGCUCCUCGAACUUUGAGCUAAAGUUUUGCUUCAAAAUUUCCCCCGUGAUAAAGCAGGAUCUGAAGAAUUUUAAAGAACAAAUGGAAUCUAUAAAACAUAACAGGACCUGGGAUUUGGAAUUCUCUCUGUAUGAGCCUAAAAUAAAAAAUCUGGUAAAGGGUGUUCAAAUGAGUGAUUCGUUUAAGAUGGAACAUUCAAAUGAAAAGAAACCCCAUAGCAGGAACACAUUUUCUGUCAAAACCAGCUUGAGCAAUGGACAGAAAGAGGCGCAAAAAAGUCCAAUUGUGGACAAAGGUAAUGUAGCAGGGUCACUAAAGGAGGCUUCUAAUGGAAAAGGCAGGGGGACAGAGGAACUAGAGACAGGGAGGUUUGGGAGCAGCAGGAUGGGAAGCAGAGAAAUGGGGACAGUAGAGCUGAAGGGUCAGGAGGAUGGUGGGGUGGAGGGACAGGAGGAUGAGGGGAAGACAGAGUAG